GUUUAUGUUUGUCUUGUUGCUGUUUUGGCCGCACGCGAAACAUGAGCUACAAGAACUAUUACACCUGGAAGUAUCCGGACAUACCCGAGAAUGUAGCGCCUUUGCUAUCGGAGCUGCAAAACUCGCUGGUGAUUGUCGGCAUAAUUGGGCGAUCGAAAUGUGCGCAGGCCAACAAAAUGAGCGCCUUUGGCAUGCAGCCCGACAAGACGCACGAGCCGGCGGAUGGACAGAUUCUGUGCUAUUAUAAGCCAGGCACCAAUAUGCUGCUGCUGCACUUUGAGACCACCCACGAUGAGGCGGUACUGGGCCAGCAGCUGCUGAAGCAAACGUCCGUUGACUUUGACAGCUUCUACGAGCAGAUGCGGAGUCGGUUUCUGCGCAUUUUGCUGCUGGCGCUGCACGUGUGUCACAUUUUGGUGUACGUGGAAACCGCACAGACCUUCGACACGACACUGGUGACCAUUUGCCAGUUGCUGAAGUAUGUACGAGAGAAGCAUGUGCUGGACUUUUUGCCCCAAAUGCUGCGUGAAACAGCCGCCGGCAGCUUACUCAGGGAUAGGGCGCGACUGUGCACGCCACGUGUUCUGUUUCUGUUCGAGAACUAUCCUCAGGAUGAGGUGAAGACACGUGAACGCAUUUCCGCAUAUGAAUUCCAAACGGAGGACAAGAUAUACGAGCUGCUGCGCCAGUACAACAUUGUCACCAACAAUGCCAAUAAUUCUCUGCUUGCGCUGCCCAACAACAAGCAAUUUGUGUUCUACAAUGCCCAUGAGAAGCUGCGUUCGGAUCAGCUGCUGCUUGCCAUUGAGGCUCUCAACGCAACCAUGUACAAGUCGGAUGUCAAAGAAGAGGAGGAGGACACAGAAAUUUUAGAGCUUGCGCCAUUCGAGGGCUUUGUCAAGCCGUAUGGCGCGGCCUACGAGGCGCGUGAGUCGGACGAGCAGCUCUACAGGAAAAAGCACACAGUCUGGCACUUUUUGCAGCGUCAUGUGCAGGAUGCACUGCAAGGCUGCUUUGAUGAGGGCUCCUUCAAACAGCUGCCACAGUCGGCCCAAUUCCAGCUGCUGAGCGCCAAUGAUUGGCACAUUUGCAUGGACACCGUACACAAGCUGCUCCUCGGACAUAUUCAGGAAGGCAGCUACGUAACAAAUAAUCAAAAUUAUAAAGCCUAUCUGCGGGACUUUAAUGAGAGCCUCAACUAUGAGAAAAAAUUCUGGGGCCAUCUGUGCGACCUGGGCUUGAAGAAGGGCAUAUCCGCCUAUAAAAAUUCCGUGCCCGCCAUUUACGGCAGCGCCACGCACAAGCAGCUGCUGGCGGAUGCCAUACUGGCCUUUGAGGAGGAAGGACGCGGUCCAUAUGCGGAGCUGGCGUUGGCCAAGCUCAGCGAUAUUUGCUUAAGGCACUGGCUCGACGGCAGGCAACAGUGCGAACAGCUCAGCCUGCGUGGCAAUCCCUGUACACAGCCAAAGGAUGCGCCGCACGAUAAACAUAUCAGCGGCAUUGUGCACAUCUCGAGCUGUAAUUGCGGGCGCACGCAGGGCAGGCGAGAGGAUCCAUUCACACUCCGGCAGGCCAAUUACAAUUACUACGAGCACAUGGCUGCCAUGUGCAAUUUGUGCGUUAAGGUUAAAAAGUUUCAGUUGCCCGUAUUUACGCCCUCGAUAAGCGAUUAUCGAGCGGCCGCUUUCGAGGCUGCUUUUCCACUGUUGUUGCAGGCGGCUAAGAUCCGCACUGAGAUCGCGGCACAGGGCGACAGCGAUCUGGAUGCCGCUGACGAGCUCUACUCCCAGCCGAUUAGUGCAACGGAACAGGCGCCACAGAAGCCGCAGAUAACCCUAAGCAAUGGCUGCUCGCAGCCGGCAUUGUCGGCUACCUAUGGCUCCGAUUUAAAUAUGUCGAUAGCGGGCUUUGGCGCUUCGCUGAAUGAGGGCGAGGAGGUGCGUUCACCGGAGAUCAGCUCGCAAAUUUGCAGCAGUGGCUUGAGCAGCCGCAGCAAUAGCACCAGCAGCGGCACCUCCAGUGCCAACACAGCCAACGAGCUGGUGCUGCAGCUCAAGGAGCGCACCGAUCAGAAUGCGGCCAAUGCCGCAGUCAGCGAGAUCUGCCCAGAAGCGCUACCGAUGGUAGCGUCGACAGAGCAGGUCUCUACCACGGAAUAUCUGCCCGGAUUGGUGCACAUGAGCAGCGGCUGUGAGCUAUUGCCACUGUUUCCGAGCUGGUCGCUCGCCUGUGUGGGACCCAGUUCCAUUUAUAGUCACAAUACCGGACUGCAAGAGCAUUUUCAAAGCGGGUUUCUGUCCGGCGCCAACUUUCUGCUGCCCUGGGACGUGCACGUGCGCCUCGUCCAGCCGCACAAGCAUCCGCAGCAGCAACAGUCGAUGGGCAAGAAGAGUCAACGCUAUCGCAAGCACGGCGAUCGCCUGGCGCUCAAGAUCUUCGUUGGCUUCGAGUACGAGUGCUCGCGUGGCCAUCGCUUCAUGAUGUGCGGCCCGGAUCGUGUGCUGCGCGGCGGUGCAGACAUUGAACGCGACACUAGCAGCAAAGUGGUGAACAACAAUAUGCCCCUGUAUUUCCCCUGCCCGUGUCGCGCACAGACCACAUAUCUGGCGCAGCUUAUGCGCAUUCAUGUGGUCACUCCUAAGGCGCCCGUCAACAUAAUCCUCGAUCCCAAGAUGCGUGUGGGCAAAUACAUCUUCACCUUGGGCUGCCCCACGUUGCCGCGACUCUCGCAGAGCGCCUACUGGAUACUCCGCCUGCCCUACGUCUAUCAGGGCGACAAUGUGAUUAUAACACCACCGGAAAGACUUGAACCGGAUGAUAACUUGGCCGCCGGCUGCCUGCUGGCCGGCAUGUUUGGCAUUGCCGAGACGGACACCAGCGAGACGAGUCAACAAGCGAUUACCCCGCUGACUUUUACAAGGCUGUAAAAGAUAAUGUGCAUAUAAAUCAAUAAAAUUGAUUUUAAGAACGAUAA